AUGGGGACAAUGGACUUGGCCACGAUCGUGGCCGAAGUCAUCAAAGACACCAAGAGUUUGAAUGACGUGGAAGAUGCCAUUGCCCGGGGUGCCAAUGUGAAUGCUUCCGAGGACUCAAUGCCUGCAUUGAACAUGGCAGUGCAGGCACAGCACGAGCAGCUCGUAAAGCUGUUGCUCCGCUGCCAAGCAACUGUGGAUGUUUCUGACCGAAAGGGUGUGACCCCGUUGCAUCUCGCAACGUUCGACGGGUCAUUGGACACCAUGAAGACCUUGAUCUCAGCCAGGGCUAACGUCGAAGCUCAAGACUGCCAUGGCCAAACACCGUUUUUCUUCGUUCCGAAUAGGCGGGCUUGCGUGGCACUCGCAGAAGCGGCAGCUGACCCGAACGUCUUGAACUACAAAGGUCAGACACCGUUGCACUUGGCAGCUCAUGCUGGUUUGAACGAUGCAGUCCAGUGGCUGCUGGAAAACAUGACAGCGAAGGCUUGCGACCUGCAGGACAAGCAUGGGCGAACGGCUGUGUACUGCGCAGCUCAUUCAAAGCUGAAGCCGACCAUUCUGCUGUUGCAAGACAAGGGAGUAGACACCUCCCUUCGACCGAAGAAGCAUCGUGGCAAGUCCGUCAGCUCUGCUUCCAAGCUCUUGGACGACAUGGCCAAGAAGGCGGAAGCGGCAAAGAUGCGUCGGAUGGAGGCCGUUGUGCAGAGAGAGGAAGCUUCCGAAGCGCCAAUGGAGUCAAAGGCGGCAAGGGCCCACGAGGUAGAGGUCUUGGAGAGGGCUGAAGAAGAGGCAGCAGCGAUGCGUAGACAACAGGACCAGGAGCGAGAAGCCCUGGAGAAGGCCCAGGCAGAGGAAAGGGAACGGUUAGAAGAAGAGAGGCGACGACGAGAGGAAGAGCAAGCUCUUGAGAGGGCCCUGGCAGAGGAAGAGGCAUUGCUGGAGCAGGAGGAAGCGGAAAGGCGAAGACAGGAGGAGGCGGCAUUGGAGAAGGCUCGUGCAGAGGCGGCAGCGGAGCUCCACCGACAAGAGGAAAGAGAACGGCUAGAAGAAGAGAGGCGACGACGAGAGGAAGAGCAAGCAGUUCAGAAGGCCGUGGCAGAGGAAGAGGAGGAAGAGGAAAGACGAAGACAAGAGGAAGAGGCGGAUUUGGAGGAGGCCCGCGCAGAGGCAGAAGCAGAGAUGCGCCGACAAGAGGAAAAGGAACGGCUUGAAGAAGAGAGGCGACGACGAGAGGAAGAGGAAGCACUUCAGAGGGCCAUGGCAGAGGAAGAGGAGGCCUCGCCGACCAGCUGGAGCAACACGCAGCAGAGUGCAUGCGUUGAGGAGGAAGAGGAACGGCAAAGACUAGAGGAGGAGGAAGCGGCAUUGGAGAAGGCCCGCGCAGAGGCAGCAGCGGAGAUGCACCGACAAGAGGAACAGGAACGGCUUGAAGAAGAGAGGCGACGACGAGAGGAAGAGGAAGCACUUCAGAGGGCCAUGGCAGAGGAAGAGGAGGCCUCGCCGACCAGCUGGAGCAACACGCAGCAGAGUGCAUGCGUUGAGGAGGAAGAGGAGGAGGAAGCAGCAUUGGAGAAGGCCCGCGCAGAGGCAGCAGCGGAGAUGCACCGACAAGAGGAACAGGAACGGCUUGAAGAAGAGAGGCGACGACGAGAGGAAGAGGAAGCACUGCAGAGGGCCAUGGCAGAGGAAGAGGCAGCAGCGGAGAUGCGCCGACAAGAGGCGCGGGGACGGCUAGAAGAAGAGAGGCGACGACGAGAGGAAGAGGAAGCACUUCAGAGGGCCAUGGCAGAGGAAGAGGAGGCUUCCCCGACCAGUUGGAGCAACACGCAGCAGAGUGCAUGCGUUGAGGAGGAAGAGGAGGAGGAAGCGGCAUUGGAGAAGGCCCGCGCUGAGGCAGCAGCAGAGAUGCGCCGACAAGAGGAAGAGGAAGCACUUCAGAGGGCCAUGGCAGAGGAAGAGGAGGUUUCCCCGACCAGUUGGAGCAACACGCAGCAGAGUGCAUGCGUGGAGGAGGAAGAGGAGGAGGAAGCGGCAUUGGAGAAGGCCCGCGCUGAGGCAGCAGCACAGAUGCGCCGACAAGAGGCAGAGCAGGAGGCUGGACAGGUUAGGGCAGCUCCGCCCGAGCAGGAACGGCUAGAAGAAGAGAGGCGACGACGAGAGGAAGAGGAGGCUCUGGCGAGUGCCCGCGCAGAACAAGAGGAAAGUGUGCGCAUGGAAGAGGAGAGGCAGAGACAAGAGGAGCGAGCACGACUGGAGGAAGAAAGGUUUCGCCGGGAGGAAGAGGAGGUUCUUGCGAAUGCCCGUGCAGAGCAAGAGGCAAGUGCGUGCUUGGAAGAGGAGAGGCGGAGACAAGAGGAGAGGGCGCGAUUGGAGGAAGAAAGUCGACGACGAGAGGAAGAGGAGGCGCUCGAGAAGGCACGUGCAGAUGAAGAGGAGUGCGCACGCUUGGAGGAGGAGGAGCGGCAGAGACAGGAGGUGCAGGCAGCAGAGGAGAUGCGUAGACAAGAGGAGCAAGCCAGGGCAGAGGAGGAGAGGUCCCGAUUGGAAGAAGAAAAGCGCCGUCAAGAGGAAGAAGAGGCGCUUGAGAAGGCCCGUGCGGAAGAAGAGGAGUGUGCGCGCUUGGAGGAGGAGGAGGAGCGGCAGAGACAGGAGGCAGCAGAGGAGAUGCGCAGACAAGAGGAGCAAGCCAGGGCAGAGGAGGAGAGGUCCCGAUUAGAAGACGAAAAGCGCCGUCAAGAGGAAGAAGAGGCGCUCGAGAGGGCCCGUGCGGAAGAAGAGGAGUGCGCCCGAUUGGAGGAGGAGGAGGAGGAGCGGCAGAGACAGGAGGCAGCAGAGGAGAUGCGCAGACAAGAGGAGCAAGCCAGGGCAGAGGAGAGCGCCCGAUUAGAAGAAGAAAAGCGCCGUCAAGAGGAAGAAGAGGCACUCGAGAGGGCCCGUGUGGAGGAAGAGGAGUGCGCCCGCUUGGAGGAGGAGGAGCGGCAGAGACAGGAGGCAGCAGAGGAGAUGCGCAGACAAGAGGAGCAAGCCAGGGCAGAGGAGAGCGCCCGAUUAGAAGAAGAAAAGCGCCGUCAAGAGGAAGAAGAGGCACUCGAGAGGGCCCGUGUGGAGGAAGAGGAGUGCGCCCGCUUGGAGGAGGAGGAGCGGCAGAGACAGGAGGCAGCAGAGGAGAUGCGCAGACAAGAGGAGCAAGCCAGGGCAGAGGAGAGCGCCCGAUUAGAAGAAGAAAAGCGCCGUCAAGAGGAAGAAGAGGCGCUCGAGAGGGCCCGUGUGGAGGAAGAGGAGUGCGCCCGCUUGGAGGAGGAGGAGCGGCAGAGACAGGAGGCAGCAGAGGAGAUGCGCAGACAAGAGGAGCAAGCCAGGGCAGAGGAGAGCGCCCGAUUAGAAGAAGAAAAGCGCCGUCAAGAGGAAGAAGAGGCGCUCGAGAGGGCCCGUGUGGAGGAAGAGGAGUGCGCCCGCUUGGAGGAGGAGGAGCGGCAGAGACAGGAGGCAGCAGAGGAGAUGCGCAGACAAGAGGAGCAAGCCAGGGCAGAGGAGAGCGCCCGAUUAGAAGAAGAAAAGCGCCGUCAAGAGGAAGAAGAGGCGCUCGAGAGGGCCCGUGUGGAGGAAGAGGAAAGGGUGCGGCUGGAGGAAGAGAGCCGGCGAAGAGAGGAGGAGGAGGAGGAGGAGGAGGCUUUGGAGAAGGCCCGCGCAGAGGAGGAGGAGGCAAGAGACCAGAAGAGGAGGCAAGAGGAAGCGGAGGCUCUCGCAAAAGCCCGUGCAGAACAAGAGGAGAGAGCUCGGAUGGAGCAGGAGAGGCAAAGAGAGGAGGAGGAAGCUUCGGAGAAGGCUCGUGCAAAGGAGGCAGAGAUGCGCAGACAAGAGGCAGAGGAAAAUGAGAAGCGACGACGAGAGGCUGAGGCCCAGGCCGAAAAGGCUCGACUCGAGGCCGAGGCACGGCCUGCAACUCCACCCAUGCAGAUGGCUUCGACAUUGAAGUCCUUGGUGCCCUUGGUGUCCCGGCCAGUGGAGUUGGAGGCGGCACAGCCGGUUUGGAAGCGAACCUGGGAUGGCUGCCAGCUCUGGGAGUGUGUUCUGGAAAAGCGGUCUGACACAGAUAAGUUCGGCUUCUCUCACUGCAGCGGCAAGAAGGAGUACUUCAAGGCCCUGGGCGUGUCGGAAAACGCGAUAGAUGUGGCGGGCCCCGAGGUUCUCUUCAUUCGCAAAGUUGGCGGCGAAGGAUUGCUGUUCUCGUGGAACGAGGCACACCCAGAUGCCGUCAUCCAGCCAGGCGACCGGGUCAGCAAAGUCAACGGGCAGACAUCUGUGGAUUCUAUGGCUCAGGAGCUGCGAACGAGCAAGGUUUGCAUGGAGGUGCUACGAUACCCCGAGGAGUUUGAGGUGUCUCUUUCCAAGAAAGCAGAUGCCCAGAAGAAGUUAGGGUUCAAGUUCGAGAAGCCAAGCAAUGAGAAGGUCCGUGACCUCAAGAUCACAGAGGUGAGUGCAGAAGGCCAUAUGCCUGAUCGCAAUGAGCAGAUGGUCGCUGAGCAAAGGUUUCACUACGUGGUCACCCCGGGAAUGCGCAUCAUUCGGGUGAAUUCCGUGGAGGGCGAUGCACACCUCAUGAAGGAUGAGCUGAAAAAUGCCCAGAACCUGACACUCCGCGUCCGCCGGGCAGAGGUCUAUGCGCUCCAGAAAGCAAGGAUGGUGAAGCAGGCACAGAUCCUAGCGUCUCUGUCCAACCUGUCGGCAACGAUGAGGAUGGGCAGCAGCAACCAGCUUUUGGGUGUGUAG